GCGUAUUUAGGGAGAUCCUGACACCGAGGCCAGCUCCAGCCUCCUCCAGCUCGAUUACCGCCGGCCAUGACGAACGGGUACCUCUUCCGGGAGUACCUCGGCGCGCAGUCCACGGGCGUCCGGUUCUCCGACGUGCCUGUCAACCCCGGCGUCAGCUUCCACCACAUCCUCGCCUUCGCCAUCGACUACACGCCGGUGGCGCAGCAGCCCACGCCGGCGCCCACCAACGGCGUGUUCAGCGCGUUCUGGGACACGGCCAACCUCUCCCGCGCCGACGUGGCCGCCAUCAAGGCCGCGCACCCGAACGUGAGCGUCAUGGCCGGCCUCGGCGGCGACAGCGUGCUGGACAUCGUCAAGGUCUCCUUCGCGCCGGCCUCCGUCGACUCGUGGGUGGCCAACGCCGUGGCCUCGCUCUCGCGCCUCAUCAACGAGUACGGCCUCGACGGGGUGGACGUCGACUACGAGCGCUUCGCCGCCGGCGUCUCCGUCGACACCUUCGUGGAGUGCGUCGGCCGGCUGCUCACCCGGCUCAAGGCCGCCUUCCCCAACAUCACCACCUCCAUCGCGCCCUUCGAGGACGACACCGUGCAGAGGUACUACCGGGCGCUGUGGAGCAGGUACUCCGGCGUCAUCGACUACGUCAACUUCCAGUUCUACGGCUACGGCGCCAACACCGACGUCCCGACCUACGUCAUGUUCUACGAUCGCCAGACGGGCUUCUACCCCGGCGCCAGGGUGCUCGCCAGCCUGCAGACCGGCAAGACCACGGAGGAGCUCGGCCUGCUCUCGCCGGACCAGGGCAUCGCCGCCGCCAAGGAGCUGCUAAGGCAGAACAAGCUGCCGGGCUUCUUCAUCUGGUCGGCCGACAGCUCCAAGCAGAGCACCUACAAGUUUACCUAUGAGACCAGGGCGCAGGAGAUCGUCGCCAACCAUUGAAUUGAUCUCCAAACGGACGCGCGGUAUACACUACAGUACUACUAUCAAUACUAAGAGUUACUAUUAGGCUUGCCAAGAGCCGUACUAGAAUAAGUGCACUUGCAAGUGCGCGCGUGCAAUCAUACUUGUUUGCAAAACUACUACUGUAUGACAGUAUGAGAGUGGUGUGAUGACCGUAAGAAUAAGGCGGAUGGUUCAGGGAUAAAGUGAAGCAUCGUUGAUCCAUCGC